AUGGAUGGAUUUGAUUUCAACACCGCCCCGGCCGAAUUCCAGAAGGUGCGAUGGGUAGUGGAGACGCCAUUCAUUGUCUCCGGGAUUGGAUGGACACUGAACUACUUCUUCACUAUCCGCCAAGCAUACCAAGACCGCAUGUCUGGUGUGUCGCUGAUAGCUUUAUCCAACAACCUGGCCUGGGAGAUCGCCUUUGCUCUGAUCAAUCUACCACCUAAUCCUUUCGCAAGGGUCAUCUUUCCUCUGUGGCUGUCUAUCAAUGCGUUCGUCCUGUAUGCCACCAUCAAAUUCGCGAGAGAGUCUGGUUCCCAUUCCCCAUUCGUGCGGAAACAUCUACCUUUUAUUGUUUUCAGCAGCAUUCUAGGACUGUUGUCUGGUUAUCUUGCCUUCUCAUCCCAUGUUGGUCCAUUGGCAGCUCUGUACUGGGGCGGGAUGCUUUGUCAAGUAACGCUCAGCGCCAGUGCACUGGGCCUCCUCCUUCAGCGAGGCCAUACGCGAGGCAUGUCGUAUAAGAUGUGGCUCACCCGGUUUGUUGCCUCCGGUGUCACGGUGCCAGGGCUGUUCGUCAGAGCCGCUUACUGGCCUGCAAAAUGGGACUGGGUCGACAAUGUUCUGAUGUACUGGCUUGUGGGAGCUUUCUAUUGCUUGGAUAUAACUUACGGGCUCUGUUUCUGGUAUUUCCGCAGACUCGAACGGAGCUCAACUCAGGUCAAGCAAGGAUAG